UAAGAGGGUUUUUUGAGUCGGGGGGAGUGCAUCAUAAUGAACAUCUGAGCCAAGGUGCUUUUUACAUAUCGAUCCUCCAUUGCUAGCCACUCAUAAUCCUCACACCGUGUGGACCUUUUUCAGAGCUCGACCUUUUAUCGCUGUUUGGUCGGGGUAGUUGACGAGCAACAUGCCGAAGAGGAAGUCUCCUGAGAGCCCUGAAGGCAAGGAGGGAACCAAGGUCACAAAACAAGAGCCCACCAGAAAGUCGGAGAGAUUGUCAUCGAAACCUGCGGCACCAAAGCCCGAGGCCAAACCGAAGAAGGUCAUCAUCAAGAAGGUGGCGGAUGAAAAGGGGGUGAAGGCGAAGAAAAGCACCACCAAGGGGAAGAAGGACGGCCCGGCCCAGAAUGGAGACGCCAAGACUAAUGAGAUCUUUGUGUGUCGUCCGUCUGUCAGUGUGUCUUCCACCAGAAGCACAGCGCCCUCCUUGAUGUCAGUGCGAGGGCAGAGUGAGACAGUCAGAGUUAAGGGCAAGUGAAGCAGCUGAGGAGGCGACUGAAGAGAAGGAGUGAAGUCGACAGAGGCCACUUGUUCCCGCCUUCUGUUCCGCGGCAGCAAAAGUUUUUGUUUUUUUUCUUAACAACUAUUUUUUGUACCAUGCUGAUUUUUGUAGACUUCUGGUAGAGAUGAACGACCAGCAUCCCUAAACCCCGUUCAUGUCCACACCACGUUCUCACUUACGUGCUUACGUGGCAACAUCUAGCGGCGCAGAAUCAAAGUGUGCGUUUAUUUUUUUUAUUAUUAGACAGCUGCAGAUGUUCUUCACCCUGAUGGCUAAAGUAAUUUUGCUUACAACUUUUGUUGUAUCUGGGAGGACGUGUGCUUUGAGAGCUCUGAGGAAAGAGGAAGAUGGAGAACAUGCGCAGCAUUUUUACAGUUUGUGGUUUUUAGAAUGGCCCUUAGCACCUUUUGUAUGCGGCUAUACCCCCCACCCCCCCAGCACAGUGACAUAGCAAUAAGCAGCAGUGCUUGUGUUAGUCACUGGGAUACUCAUUCAGUUGGGAGAGUAUUUUCAAAUAAAAGAAAAAGUUUA